AUGAACGCUACACCACGAUAUCUUCGGCAUUUGCUUUCCGGUGCACGCCAAACCAGUUACGGGAAUACGGUGCUGGUAAAGCGUGAUAACGGGCAGUGGUGGCUCGGUUACGUGCAGGAUAUCGAGGCCGACAAUUUCUUCAUUGAUUUCGAUGCCAGCACUAUCAGCGCCCAGUGGAUUCACACCAGCCAUUUGUGGCCCCACCAUAUCCCGGGGAUGUUCCGCGGCCAUUCGGAGAUGGUGGCGCUGCGCGACGAGAUCGUGCGUGUGAACGAAGAAAGUAGUGAUACUCCGGAGCAGAGUCCUCAGACGUCCACUCUUCACCUUGUACAUCAUACGCAGUUCGCCAGUGCGCCAUAUGAAAGCGACUGCUUCUUCGGAAGGACUACCUGGAUUCUGUACAAGAAGCAUGUCAUCAGUUACCCCAAAGCUCAUCUGCUGCGGGAAGUGGAUUUCCUACCGACGUUCCUGGCCAAUGAAUCACGACACCGAGGGUGUGACGAGGUGUACGGUUUCCGUGUCGGUUGCCGGGUGUUUGUGCGAGCGGACAGUGAUACGAUCACCUUCAUUUGCGCCGAAGUGCACGGUGAAACCAACCGCAACAAUGUGUGGGCGAACGAGAAUGCAGCGCACAGUAGUAUGUUCUGGAAUGAAGACGCCCUGAAGGAAGCCUGCGAAAAUUACCUCACUGCGCAACUGGCGGAGCAGUCAGAUCUUGUACAAGUACCUCCAAUCUCGCUUCCGCAAGGUUUGGUUGAACCGGUCAUCAAUGAUUUGCCGCAUCCGAUCUUGGCGUGGAUUCUGCUAAAUCUGGAUGUCGAUUCUCAACUGAAAACACACCGGGUGUGCGCGCAGUGGAGGCUUCUUUUGUUGGAACAGGACUGGCACCGGCAUAUCAUUUUCGACAGCCCAGGAAUGUGCACAAUAAAAUCAUACGAUGAACAGCGUGUUGUGGACAAGUAUUAUCGCUCCUUUAAAUUCAUGACAAUUCUGAACCACACCGUUAAUGAGAACACGCAAACGCUAGCGCUUAUUGACGAAGGGGAAUACGGCCGGAGUUCUAACUGUAGUUUUGAUAUCCAAGAUAAAAUGUGGGGUAUCAAGAUAUUAUUGAAAACCAAAAGCAUUUGCUUGCCGCGGAUCAUUAUUUUGAACGGUUCGGACGCUGCCCGUACAUCAUCGUUUUCCCUUUUGGCACUUAACCGCAAUAACGAUACUGGGGAGUACGAAUGCCAUGCGCUGUCGAAGCUCAUGAAGGUCUGCGAGGAGCUCCUGCUGAUCAAUUACAACGCAUCAGAAGCCAUCAACGGAUCAGCGUUUUCCAUAUUAUGCAAAGACCAAGCACACAUGAUGCUUCGCGAAAGGGAUUUGAUACGACUUCGCGAUUACGUGCGGCCAGAUGUUAUCAUUCCGUUUUUGCGCUUUCGCUCCACGGAAACGGCCGCUGAACAGUGCCGACGCUUUUUGGCCGCCGCGAAUGACAAUUGUCCGCCGAUUACGCAGCAUGUGCGUGAAAAGGUCACAGCCAUACAUGCGCGCUGGUUGCGAACGUUUAAAUAUCCUGAAGAAUGGAGCCGUAUACCCAUUUUCCUUGAGAUUUUCAAUAGUUUCGGUCCGGAUGAAAAUCGCGUACGAUGGGACACAAUGGAUCUCCGUCAACUGGACAUUUCCGCUUUGUCCAGGGUAACAUUCGCAGCUUUGGACGGAUGCUUGCAAAUCAGACAGAUUACAACAAAAUCAGAAGAAGCCGAGGAGGAUCCUGGCUUGUUCAGUUUUUUCUGUUGUUUCUUAGGCUGUAAAAAGGAAUAAUUUUAAUUAUGCUUUAUUUUCUCAAACUGAUAACCUUAAUCCUUGAACUGCUGUUAAUAAAUUCCUAUGGUUGUGUUUUCG